AUGGCGAAAGCUAAGGAAGAAUUUGGAGGGGCUGCCUGCCUGGAGGAGGAGCUCAGCUGCCCCAUCUGCCUGUGUCUCUACAGGAACCCGGUGUCCCUGAGCUGUGGUCACAGUUUCUGCAGGCGGUGCAUCCAGACGGCCCUCAGUGCCCAGCAGCAAUCCCAGGCCCCUUACUCCUGCCCCAUGUGCAAGCUCCAGCUGGGGCCCAUCCUGGAGCUGCAGAAGAAUUUCCAGCUGUGCAGCAUCGUGGAGGCAUUUCUGGCCACCACUUCCAACGGCCGACAGGGUGAGGGCUUGGCAGAGGGGAAGAAGGAAGUGGUUCCCUGUGACUUCUGCCUGGAUGGGUCCCAGCCAGCGGUGAAAACCUGCCUGACCUGCGAUGCGGCUUUGUGUCAGGCCCACCUGAUCAAACACAACGCCAAGGCUUCCCAGCAGGACCAUGUCCUGGUCGAAGUGGGCGCGGGCGGCGCAGCGGAGGAGCGGAGGUGCCAGGAGCACGGCCGGCUGCUGGAGUGCUACUGCCAGGACGAUGGGCAGUACAUCUGCGUGCUCUGCUCUAUUGUGGGGUGCCACAAGGGCCACAGCAUCAUCACCCUGAAGGAGGCACAUGACAAACAGCUGGGUGAACUCUCAGACAUCGUAACAUGCCUGCAGGAACGUAAACGUGCUUUGGCUACCACCCUGGAAAAGGUUCAGAAAAGCGAGAAUCAGCUCAAGACCAAUACGAGAACAGUGACUUCUCAGCUGCAAAAGCUGUUUGAAGAGAUGAAGACAGAGCUGAUUGAGAAAGAGAAGAACAUCCUGAGUGACAUUCAGUCCAAUGAGAAAAAACAACUGGCAGACAUUACUAAAGUGAAGAAGGAAAUUGAACAAAAGAGACAUGAGGUUGUGCAGAAUCUUCAGUCUUUGCAGAAGAUGAGAGAGCAACCAGAUAUUUUCCUCUUCCUCAAA